UUGAUAGUUUGUGGCUCACCAUUUUUCAGCCAAGCAGUGGAAGAGGAUGGUUACAAAAGCUACGUUUGUUGGACCUGGUUUUACCAGAAAGCCUCCAAAGUACGAGCGAUUCAUUCGUCCUACAGGACUGCGGUUCACUAAAGCUCAUGUCACCCAUCCAGAACUUAAAUGCACGUUCAAUCUAGAAAUAAUUGGAGUUAAGAAAAACCCCAAUGGCCCUAUGUACACUUCUCUUGGUGUCAUGACCAAGGGAACUAUAAUUGAGGUGAAUGUUAGUGAACUUGGUCUUGUCACACCAGCUGGGAAAGUUGUGUGGGGUAAAUAUGCUCAGGUGACAAAUAACCCAGAAAAUGAUGGUUGUAUAAAUGCUGUCUUGCUUGUUUAAGGCCAUAGCAAGGAACAUUGUUCCAACUAGAUUUCAAAGGUAGUGGUCAACACUCUCUCCUAUGAAUUUUUUGGUCGCCAACCCCAAUCUUAAAAGUAAUGUCUGAGAAAAUUAUGAAGUAUUUUUGUUUUCUGAGUGUAAUACUAGCAGGAAGUUUCUAUAAUUCAUCUUGUUUGGAUAGCCGCAUGCAAUGAUCUAAUCUAGCGCAUGAUGUUUAAGGUUAACUAAUCAUUGUUCAAGAGUUAGAAAAAGAAGUCACAUAAAUUUGUAUAGUCCAUUUGUUAGACACAGUAUUUUGAGUA